AUGAGGACAAUCAUCUUAUCCCUCUUUGCUCUGCUUGUCGCGCUCAUCUACACAGUAGCUGCAGAAUUGCAACAUGGGAGCUAUGUCAACUUCGAUAGCGAGGUCAAGCUGCCGCGGCCGUUCCUCAACGACCUAAGCAGUGGAACUGACACACCGCCACCAUCAUCGCCACCCACCACAUCAACUGCAGAUGACGCUGACGAUACUCUCUGA